CCAUGAAGAGGGGGUGUAGCCCCUCCCUCCUCAGGAGACACAGCAGCCAUUUGUUUACACUCGUCAGCUGUGACACAAAGAAAUUUGCUUCUUUGAUUGGCCACUCUUCACCUUAAUCAGCUAUUCCUUAGUGGCCACAUCAAAUCACUGACCCAGUAUGGCAGAUGUGUCAUCUAUAGAACAUCCCACUUUAAAGGUUCCUUAUGAUGUGCUCAACAAGAAAUUUAGGCUGGCACAGAAAACUUUAGACCGAGAAGUUUGCCAUGUAACCUCUGCAGUAACAGAACUAGAGCGAGUCUUUUUCACAGAUAACCGCAGUGCCUCUCAAAUAUCAUCUUUGCUUGGGGGUGUUGUUGAGAAAUUAUCUUCCUUCAAGCGUAAGGCAGAAGAAGCCACCCAAGAAGAGAUGGAAUCUGGUCGUGUGGUAAAACGUCGUGUUGAUCACCUGAAAGAGCACGACUCUCGUAGCUCCUCAGUUGUAGCAGAGUGGAAACGCACUAGACUUGAUCGACUAUUAGUGGAGUAUCUUUUAAGAGCUGGAUGUUACUCAACAGCUACUAAGUUAGCAAGUUCUCGUGGUAUAGAAGGUCUAACAAAUUUAGACGUCUUUUUGGUUGCAAGAGAGGUUGAGCAGUCAUUGGCCUGUCGUGAUACAAGCAAGUGCCUUUCCUGGUGCCACGAUAACAAGAGCAAGCUACGCAAGCUCAAUUCCUCCCUUGAAUUUAAUGUGCGGAUGCAAGAGUUUAUAGAGCUGAUCAAGAGUGACCGUCGAAUGGAAGCUAUCCGGCAUGCAAGAAAGCACUUUACAGGACAGGAACCAGGGCAUUUGCCUUCUAUACAACGCUGUAUGGCACUGGUUGCCUUUCCAGCCAACACAGAUGUCACUCCAUACAAAGAACUGUUGUCAGAUGUACGAUGGGAUGGGUUGAUUGAGCAGUUUCGAGCCGAAAACCUGAAGUUGUACCAGUUAUCUUCACAGUCGGCCUUCUCUCUUGUUGUCCAGUCUGGGCUAUCUGCACUCAAAACUCCUCACUGUUAUAGGGGUGCCACGGGACACAACCCAGACUGUCCUGUAUGUCAGCCAUCUUUCAACUCCCUGGCUUCUCCUCUUCCAUAUGCUCACUGCUCACAGUCUCGUCUGGUUUGUCAUAUAAGUGGAGAACCACUCAAUGAAAACAAUCAACCACUUAUGUUGCCCAAUGGAUAUGUAUAUGGGCAGAAGGCCCUUCAACAGAUGGCCAGUGAAAAUAACGGCACCAUCGUCUGCCCACGUUCUCGCCAAACAUUCAACAUCAAAGAUGCAGAAAAAGUAUUUGUCAUGUGAGGAGAUGCAUGUGAUGAUCAUGUAAUAUUAGGAAUUAAAAUAAUAACUCUUCACAUGAACCAGUUAUGUUGCUCAUAAAUGCAGCCAUACUAAUUAAUGAACUUGUUUUGACAAAAUGAAUAAAAACUACUAUAAUAAUAAGUUUCAAAUGUAUAA